UUAAGUUAUUGCAGUGCACAUAACAUUUAAAUCUCGUAGAGCGCCAUUGUUUCUGUCAUUUGGACAAAAUGCCUGUCGGAACAUUAAUAAAACACGGAGCGCUGACUGUCCGUAUUAGAAGAGUCUUUAUUAGAAGACACUCCUCCUGCUCCCGCUGCUCCGCUCCUCUACAGCCAGUCGAUGUGCGAGAGGAAAUUCGCAACUCCCAUCUUUUUCUUUUUUUUUUUUUCUUCUUUUUUUUUUUCUAUCAGUGUCUCCAUCGUCGUGAAGACAAAGAGGAGCCCCGCAAAGUGAAGAUGGGCUGCCAUCAGUAGCGGGAGAAGCCGCUCCUGUAAAGUCACUUGUUUCUGCAAGCGUCCCCGCCCGGAGGCGAGACAGCAGGCGCCGGUCCUCGGAGACUCUCCGCGGCUUGGGAUGCGCAGAGAUGUGAGAGUAAAAAGAGCGAGCGAGCCAGGGAUUGUGAUUGGCCGCGCUCAUCCUGAAAGCCACCGAGGAGCAUCGGGCGAGGCAUGUCAGAGAAUUCACGGGGAGGCAUCAAACUUGGAGAAGACGUGCGUCGACGCGUUUGUUUGCAGCAGCACCGGGCUGUGUAGGUAAACUUGCACCAUCUCCCGCCCCGCAGGGACCCAACGAGGAAAGGACGCGCUUUCCGUGGUGCUGAAACGGGUGGGCUCGGCUGAUCAACUAGUGAAGAAGAGGAGAGACAGUCUCACUUUGUUCCCCAGCGUCAUGGUAGAUGUUGGAGCUUUGAUUAGAACCUACUACAUACGUACCAUACUGUGCCGCAUUAUGGUGUGGAUGAAGUUAAGGAUGGAGAUGGAUUCCCUUUGGAUACGACUAAGAAGAAUGCCCCGUGCCUUUUGGUUCAUCCUGCUGUUUGGUGUUGGAGUUGCACUUCUCUUCCUUCACAUAGAGAUCCUGUCAGAGAUGUUCCUACAGCAAGGCCCUGAAAUGAGCUCCCCACAGCAGUCCAAAGAGGGCCUCCAAGCUGCAGAAGCCAACCCCGUCUCCCCAAUGCAACACCCGAACGUUGAGGAGAGCAAACAGAAAGCUACCACUGUCUCUCAGGAGCAGGAUAUAGGGACCCCUCAAAUCACCAAGAGACAACGCAAACUACUGAAAACAAGUCCUCAGAUCAUCCACAGCAAAAAUGUCUCCCUAACAUCUCUUCCUAGUUUUUCUGCAGAAGGGAGCCGGAGUAACCUCUCAAGUAUCUUAGAAGCUCGGAAGCAAGUAAUGAAGAAUAUCUGUGCAAAAUAUAAAAGCGGCAUCUCAAGGACGAUCACACCGGAUCAUGUGAAAUACAUAUAUGUGGAGGAGAAAUACAAAGUAUUGUACUGUGAGGUGCCCAAAUCAGGCUGCUCCAACUGGAAGAGGACCCUUAUAGUGUUGUCGGGCAAGGCGUCCAACCCGGACAGCCUUAAUCAUGAACAGGUACACUAUGGUGGGUACCUCAAGACACUGAACAGAUUCAACCAAAAAGAAAUAAUGCACCGUCUCCAAACCUAUAAAAAAUUUAUGUUUGUCCGUGAGCCCCUGGAUAGGGUUGUGUCAGCAUACAGGGACAAGUUUGAGAAUCCCAAUGACUACUACCACAAUCUGUUUGGAAAACCCAUCAUAUCAAAAUACAGGGAGGCCCCAUCUGCAGAAGCCCUUAAAACUGGCAAUGGGGUCACAUUCAAAGAGUUUGUGCAGUACUUGCUGGAUGGCCACCGACCGGUGGGAAUGGACAUCCACUGGGAGCAAAUGAACAAGCUUUGCCACCCUUGUCUCAUAGACUACGACCUGAUCGGCAAGUUUGAGAACAUGGGGGAGGAGUCCAACUUCCUGCUGCGAAUGAUCGGAGCACCGGACAGCCUCAAACUACCUAGUUUUAAAGACAGGAAUCCAAAAGACGUGCGGACCUCUAAAGAGAUCACAGAAAGAUACUUUUCCCAGGUCAGCUUUAUGGAGAGACAGAGAGUGUACGACUUCUACUACAUGGACUAUCUGAUGUUCAACUACUCCAAGCCUUUUAAUGAUCUUUACUAGUCUAUCACAUGCCAUGGAUCUUUAAUCAGUAACAUUCCACAUCUACAUCUCUACCAUGGUUUUAAUCUUAACACAAAUAACAGUUCAUGCGCAUCAUUUGGUUCUUUGGACCCAAGCAGAGACCAAAUAUUUGGAUUUAACAAAACCUUAUUUUUCUUGGGGGGGGGUUUUCACCACAAAUAUAUUUAGUAUUUAAGUUGUAUUAAAUUGUCCAACAAGUCAGUGAUUUAAAUAAAUGUGUAAACACAAACAAAGUGAUAGAGUUAAUAGACUUUAAUCUUAGCGUGAGUCAAGUCGGCGUUGUAAUAGAUGUAAGGGAGAGAUGGGCAACAAUAUUUACAGUGAAAAGGGUUAAACAAGUGUUAAUGUCAGAUAAAGAGAACCUGAGUUAAAAAAGAUAGAAAGCAGUUUUUAAAUGAGGAUUUAAUUUAGUAAGGUUCUAAAGGCAUCCAAACCAACAUGGACCUUCAUCGGAAAAGUAAUCACUGCUCUUGUUAAAUCAUGAAUUGAUUGUGCUGCACCCACAGCUGAUUAAUUAUAUUUAUAACAAACACUUGUUGGCUGCUUUUUGGCUUACUUGUGCAGUUAAUUCAUGAUUUGAAAAGGAUUUUAAUUACUUUUUCACAUAUGGCCAGGUUGGUUUGAACAACUUUAUUUCUGGCUUGUUUUUCCUCAGUUAAUAUUUUCUCUGAUAUUAGAAUUAGUUUGACAAGCAGAGACAUUUGAAUGUGUCAAAAAAGCUAUGUAACUUUGAAUUACUACUAUUUAAUUCUUGGGGGGAAAUUAAGUUUCAUUUCUAUUGGCCUCUUGAAAAUCAACUUCUUUUAUUUAGAAAUUUGAAAUGUUUUUUUUUUUCCAUUUAUUAUGUGACUUACAGUAGGUCAGCCAUCAGUAUACCUCUGUGUAUGAGUUCUAAUGCAGAUCAUUUGUGUAAAUGACUUUACUAAUAUAAACUAUAACAAACUUAUACUCUUAAUAUUAAGAGUAAAAAAAAAAAAACUUUAAAAUGUGUCAAAUGCUGCCCGCUUGAAAGCUGUGUGCACUUAUUGUAGCAUUUUUAUACUUCUAACACAAACAUAAUAUAUAUGUAGUCUAACUCAUAACUGUGCUGUGGGUCCACCGUCACCAGAGGUUGUUUCUGGAGGUUGUUGGCGUAAAUGCAAGGCAUCUCUAUAUUUGCAAGGUAAAAGUUGUUGUUGCCAAUAUCCCUGUAUGUUGGUGGUGCUGACUUGCCAGUCAAUCAAAUCCCUCAAAAUGAAGUGAGCAGCAUGCUGUUGUUAUGCAGACAAAAACAGUUGCAGUUGAUUUCAGAAAUGUGUUCCUUGAAAUAUUGGACGAGGAAAAGAUUGUGGCCAGACUUCACCAUCAGCCGCGUUAAAUAUCUCCUGAACAGCUUUCACUUCCAGAUCUCACGCCGUCCGUAGCCCUAUUUAUAUGUAUCACAUGUAAUCUUCACUACUGUACAGGCUUCUUUCUGACUCUACUGGGUAGAAUUGUAUAAUGGGCAUUCAGAUGACUAUAUAUUUUUCUAUGUAUUUCUAAAAUCCAUGUGAAUAUAUAUACAAAAAAAAAAGAUAUACUUAGUUCUUCUUGGUGAAAGUACGUUUAACUCUAUUUGAUGUCAUUUAUCUCUCUUUGAGUAAUACUAGUGUAGAGUGUUGUGUCACUGAAGAGUUUCUUUCCAAAGCUGAAUAUCCACCAGCAGAAAACCUUUCUGAAGACGUAGGAACAAAUUGAGCACACAAGAUUCUGCACAGGUGAAAUUGUAACAGUUGGUGGUUUAAGGUGCAUUUCCACUGCAGGAACCUUUUCCAGGAAGCAAAGUUGUUGGGUUUUUUUUUUUUUUUUACCUUGGUUUCCACUUCAGAAACAAGGGCCAAAUCAGAUAACCAAGGUAGAAAUAUAUGCAAAAGCUGUUCUGAUAGAGGUGGGGGGAAAAACUGAUGGGCUUUGAGCUGUGGGUGCAACAUAUUUUUUACAGGUUGAACAUAUCCCAGCAUUCUGUUUCAGUCAUCCCUGCUUAACCUUUUCACAGUUAAUUUGAAAUAAUGAGACAAGAGUAAUUAUUAAUGGUGUUUGAAACCAUAAAAGUCCCCUCGCUCUUGUAGAGAAUCAUGUUAACAUUCAAACACAUUAAUGAAAUCAUCUAAGCUUGGUGGUUAGCUGAAUAAAUUAGAUGAACCACAGACUUCUACUUUCAGCCAUCUGUGGAAAUUGGAGAGUAACAUUUGUGUGAAAGCAGAUUUUUAGAUAUUUUAACUGUCAAUGUUACAAUACUAUACCACAUUUAUAUAUUGAGAUGCAUUAACAUUGAAGCUGGUGCAGCCUUUGUGUCCUCUUAAUGGAGUCGUUAAGUUUUAAAAUUCAGUGGAUUUUUUUCCCUCCUUUAAUUCACAACAAAAUCUGCCAAAGUAAAAGUUGCAGUUAUAACUUUAAAAUUGAAAUAUAAAGAGUGAUCACAAUAUCCGUUAUUGUUGUCAUUGUCAAAAAUAAUAGCUUUUAUUGUUCGGAUUUGAAUCAGCACAGUUCACAUGAAAUCCAUUUUAGUCUCUCAUUUCCACAAAGUUUGAACUUGGUACUUGGUUUUAACUGAUAUGAACCGAUCUGAUCUCCUGCUGAAGUGGGCAAAUAUCUGCGCCUCAGCAUCAGUGGACAUAGUUUGUGAGUGACCACAGACAAAAUGCACAUAAAAUGCAAGGAUGAAAAAAAAAAUGUUUCCAGGAAAUUAAGUCCCUCUGGAAUAAUUCUGGGUCUCAUUGUGGAAACGCACCUUUAGAGAAGAAAGCAUCCUAUUCUGUAAAAAAAAAAAAAAAAGGAUAUAUAAAAGUUUGGAAAUAAGCUCUUUGAUUAUUUAAACUCUGAUGCUUGAUGAGCUUAAUUCCCCCUCAUAACACAUCUUGGCUCCUGACAUUUUGUAACCCCAAAUUAGUUUUGUGUGUGUUUAGUGGAUGGCACUGAAUGAGGUUUUUAGCUCCUCGACACAAAAAUGCGUCUUUCACCCCUCUGAAAGUGUAUAUUAUAGAAACACUGCUGGAAUACACUGGAGCUGCACUAUCAUGUCCAUGGUAAUACACCACCGAUAUAUUCCUCACACAGAAUGCAACUUUCAGGACAUAAAAAUGUGUUCUGUUUGGACUCAAAAGACAGAUUUUCCAAAGUCGGCCAUCAUCAAGUAACCUACCAGGUUCAGUAUCUUGUACAGCUUGUGAAAUCUGCAGAUGCUUUCUACACUUUAUACCUUAUUAAACCAGUUGCACUUAGGGUGAUGUAAGAUAUCUAUUAGUAAAAGUGUUCCUUUUAGUGGUUUUAAACACUUAAGAUGGAGAGAAAUGCAUUGUUAUUGUCUUGUAUUGCUAACAGUAGGUAGCAACACAGCAACUAGUAAAUCCUGCUGGUUUUCCAAAUCAGUGCGACAUCAUUCCCAGAUCCAAGCUCCAACUUCUUAGACAAACAGAACGCAGCAUAAGACUUACUUUUAGUCGUUGUUGUUAUUUGUCUCUAUUUGAUGCAGGUCACACUACUUAAAUGUGCACUAACAGUCUCACUCAUGCAUACUUGCACUUUGUAAUCAGUUGCUAAAUUACAUUUUAACUGUAGAAUUAAGCAUGGCUUUAAAAUUAAGUGAAAAAAAUUACAGUUGUUCAGUCUGUUGGCUCACUGUGAACUUUAGUGAAACUAGUUGCUGAAAUGAAGGUUGAGGUCUCUAAAUUACCAUUUACAUUUACAUUGAUUUAGUUUUAGCUUGCAGGUUGAAUUGAGGGGGGAAAUGACUAAAUUGCUGACACACAAGACAAUAACUUCAAGGUAACAAUUUGAUAUGACGUAACUAAAAUAUAUUUAUGUUUUUGCUCCUAUUAGAACCUAAUUAAUCAUUAUUCCGCUUUGCGCUUUUGCUCUCUUGAAAUGUUUGUGUUGAAAAAUGAAAAAUGAGGAAAUUAAUUUGUCUGUUGAAUACAAUAAAUUAUAAUUCAUAAAAUCUAUGCCACACAUUAUAACAGGCUCCAUGAAAACAGUGUCACCAGAACAAUACAGACUUUAACUGGUGUUAAUUAUAUGAACAUUUUGUUGAGACGUACUUGGCUUCAUUGCCAGGUUCUACCUAUUGUUGAGGUUUUGGGUAAACUGUCCUUUUUGCCAAGCUGUUGCCAAAGCAGUUAUUGCAAAGUGUUGUGACAAUGUUGUGUUGAGGUAACUGGGGACAAAUUUAUCAUGAGCAUAACUACAGUAACAAGUGAAUGUAUAACCUAUUCUUGGUGCAAAUGUGUGAAACUGAUUAUCUUAAGCCCUUUGCCUUAUUUUUACACUGCCUAUCUAAUGGUGUAUUUCAGGAAGACCUUUUUCAGGUGGUUAUUUCUGGUUGAUGAGUGUCUACUAAUAAAACUGUCUUUUAGCAUA